AUGUAUCGCCCACCUAUAAACUUUCUGACAUUGCACUAUGCAUACAUCAUCUUCAUGGGCUUGAUGGCCCUGCCCAUCCUGUAUCCUUAUGGCAAUAUGGCUGCUAUUGAUGCAUGGUUUUUUGGGGCCAGCGCAUCUACCGAGUCGGGUUUAAACACUAUCGAUGUGAAGGAUCUCAAGACGUAUCAGCAGCUUUAUAUCUACUUUAUUCCUAUACUUACCAACUUGGGAUUUAUCAACAUCAUUGUUGUUAUCGUGCGUCUUCACUGGUUUAAAAGACAUCUGAGGCGUCUUGCACCGCAAAUGCUCGACGGCGAACAAAACAAUGAUGUCGAAGAUGCCUAUAACGAAUCGAACCUAAAGACUGACACAACUGGGAAGUCAACUACCGACGGACCCAGCAUAGCUACGGGGACUCCAAAUGAGACUACAGAUCCAAAUGACAAGCAGCCGAAUCGGGAGAGGUUCGCGACUCGUACCACAACGAUCUCUUUCGACGUGUCUACAGAGGCACACACAGGAAACACGGCUCUGUAUAUCCCAGGUCCUAGAGCCCGCGACCGUGAUAGGAUCAAACCCGUCAACAGUGCAACGUCUAACAACGCGUCAUCUUCGAUGCGCCGUCGUCGCCUGAGCAAUGAUGGUCUCCAAAUCACCGCCUCUAAAUCCAUCGACCGUGUAGCAAAUGUCGCCGCGUCCCUCCUCCUUCUCGGCUCAGAGACAGCACCUCGUCCUCGCUCAGUGAAUUCGACUUCAAUCCAACAGCCUGCUCUCAACGAUAUUCCUCAGCUGUCACGCCAGGCUACAAUCGGACGGAACUCUCAUUUCAAAAACUUGACAGAGCACGAUCGGGAAGUUCUUGGUGGUAUUGAAUACAGGACUCUAAAGUUGCUGCUCAAGAUCGUUACUUGUUACUUCUUUGGACUUCACCUUUUCGGCGCAAUUUGUCUUGUUGGUUGGAUUCAUACCGCAGACUCCAAGUAUACCGAUAUCCUAGCCGCAGCUGCUCAGGACAAGACGUGGGGAUUCUAUUCCGCCCAAUCUAUGAUGGACAAUCUUGGGUUUACCCUUACACCUGACUCGAUGAUCUCUUUCCGCGACGCCAAAUGGCCUAUGAUUCUCAUGAGCUUUCUAGCGUUUGCUGGAAACACACUCUAUCCAGUCUUCCUCCGCCUGACCAUCUGGAUCAUGUCCAAGAUCACCCCCAAGACCUCCCCUACGCAGGAAUCUCUCACCUUCCUCCUUAACCACCCUCGACGAUGUUACACUCUCCUUUUCCCCAGCGGCCCAACGUGGAUUCUCUUCAGCAUCAUCUUCGCCCUCAACUUUAUCGACAUCCUGCUCAUCAUCCUCCUCGACUUGAAAAACGCUGAAGUGGCAUCUCUUCCUCUAUCCGCUCGAAUCCCCGCGGCCAUAUUCCAAGCUGCUUCGGCCCGCCACACGGGCACAGCAUCGUUCAACCUCGCAAACGUCAGCCCCGCUGUCCAGUUGAGUCUUUUGAUUAUGAUGUAUAUCGCCGUCUUUCCUAUUGCUAUCAGUAUCCGUGCGUCCAAUGCGUACGAGGAAAAGUCGCUCGGGCUCUGGGACCAUGAAGAGUCGCUGAAUGAACAAAACGGAAAGUCGUACCUUUUAACACAUAUGAAGAACCAGCUUGGCUUUGAUCUUUGGUAUAUAUUUUUGGGGACGUUUUGUAUAUGUAUCGCUGAACAGACGAGGAUCGCCGAUGUUAAGGAUCCUGCAUUUUCCGUGUUUUCAAUUCUCUUCGAAGUUACGUCUGCCUAUGGUAAUGUUGGUCUGAGCCUUGGCUAUCCGACUGUGAGCUUCUCGCUAUGCGGAAAGUUCGGCGUCUUUGGAAAGGUUGUUAUCUGUUUCAUGAUGAUCCGCGGCCGUCAUCGUGGUCUUCCCUAUGCUCUUGACCGAGCUAUUAUGCUCCCUUCUUCUCAGAGCCCGGAGAAAAGUAGAUAA